GACUUGUAUGUAUAUAUAUACACGUGUGUGUGUAUUUGUAUUUUUUUGCAGUUUCUUUUUCCUAUUUUGUUCAAAUUUCCUUCAAGCUACUUACCAGCCUCCACUACUUUACGUAUUGCAAGAUUUGCUCCUUCGAUAUGUUCGACAAUCCGGCCUCUACUUGCGCCACUAUCAGUGCUUGUGACUGCUUGUUGUGUUGGUUCCCCAUUGGCCAUCAAUAUGGACUCGAUUCUCUCCCCCUUUGGGAUCACUAUUCUCCUGCCCAUUGUUGUAUUUCAUGCAUUAAGCUUCAUAGCUGGCUAUGGUCUUUCUGGGCUCGUCUUCCGAGGGACACCUGAUGUGAAAGCUCUUCAAAGAACAAUAUCAUAUGAAACAGGAAUGCAAAGCAGUCUUCUAGCUCUUGCAUUGGCUAAUAGGUUCUUCCAAGAUCCACUUGUUUCUGUGCCUCCUGCUAUCUCAGUUGUGAUCAUGUCACUAAUGGGGUUUUCUUUGGUCAUGUUUUGGGAGAAAAGAAGAGAUCUUACUGCUAAGGAAUCUUCACUGUCGUGAUCUCAUCUGAGAUCGUUUUGUCCAAGAAUUUCGUUGUAAUAUGUAAAUAGUGAUUAGCGAGAGUAGAUAUUUGAAGGUCUGGUAAUUUGAUCUGUAGUUGCAACAACUUUGCCCUUAUAGGACUUCGCUAAAUUAUUGCGAGUAGCUAAGCAUGUGGAUAUCAAGACGGGCGGUUUUGGAAUAGAUUUAGCGGAAAUGAAGUGGCAAUAUUAGCCCCAAUUUAGAGAUGCUAUAGCUAUGUGUAUGAUUAGCUCUGCAACACUCACUUUGGUUUUUACAUGCCAAUUGACUAUGAUGCGUAAUGUUUAGAAGGUUUUUGUGA